GACAGAGGAGGUCAGCACAUGUAAGGAUGAUGUGGUCAUACAGCUGAAAGGACUUCAUCUGGACAAGAAAGAUCUCUUUGGAAAAUCUGACCCCUUCCUGAUGUUUUACAGGGUUAAUGAAGAUUUUAGCCAUACUCUGGUGCAUAAGACAGAAGUUGUAAAGAAUACACUGAAUCCAACAUGGCAACCUUUCUCUAUGUCAGUUCGGCAGCUGUGCAAUGGAGACUAUGACAGAUCGGUCAAGGUGGAGUGCUACGACUGGGACUCUGACGGUGGCCAUGAUUUUAUUGGCGAGUUUUCCACGAACCUGAGAGAGCUGCUUCAAUCUGGCCAAUGUUCUAGGAACUUUGAGCUCAUUAACCCAAAGAAAAAAGCAAAGAAAAAGAAUUACAAAGAUUCAGGAGAGAUUCAAGUUAUCAGCUGCAAAAUCCAGCCACAGUACUCAUUUUUAGAUUUCAUCAAAGGAGGAAUGCAGAUGAAUUUCACAGUGGCAAUAGAUUUCACAGCCUCUAAUGGAAACCCCACACAGUCAACUUCUCUCCAUUUUAUGAACCCUUACCAGCCGAAUCAGUACGCCACCGCAAUCCAGGCAGUAGGGGAGAUCAUUCAGGACUAUGACAGCGACAAAAUGUUUCCAGUUCUUGGGUUUGGUGCUCGAAUUGAUGGAAGUGGUGCCGCCUUACAUGAGUUUGCAGUGAAUUUCAAUCCAUCGAACCCUUACUGCCAGGGAGUAGGGGGAAUCCUGCAGGCUUAUCAUGCAGCUCUGCCCAGAGUUCAGCUGUACGGACCAACCAAUUUUGCACCAGUUAUUAACCAUGUCAGAAGAUUUGCUCAAGCAUGCCAGGAUGGCUCCCACUACUUUGUCCUGCUGAUUCUGACAGAUGGCAUCAUCACCGACAUGCCGCAGACAAUUGAUGCCAUUGUUGAAGCAUCUUUUCUGCCUAUGUCAAUCAUAAUAGUGGGCGUCGGAGAUGCUGAAUUUGAUGCAAUGGAUGAACUAGAUGCUGAUGACCACAUGCUGAGGUCUCCUGUAUCUGGCAAAUGUGCAGAAAGAGAUAUAGUGCAGUUUGUGCCCUUCCGUGAUCUUGUUAGAGGCCAGCCUGGGGCUGACAUUAACAUGAGCAAGAUGACCCUGGCCAAGGAGGUUCUGGCUGAGAUUCCUGAUCAAGUGGUGCUGUACAUGAAGAAACGCAACAUCCAGCCAAAGUCUGUGGCUUCAGUUCCUGCAGCUUCUGCAGUGUUACCUCCACCUCAGUAG